AUGACGUAGAAUUUUCCAAAUUCUCCUACAAAACUAACCCAAAGGCCCAAGAACUUGGAGCCCACCAUUGUAAGGCUAAGAAAAACUAGGUGGCCUUUUGUCUUCUUCAACGUGAUGAUGUUAACUCUUCUAUGUUCAUUCAUGUCUACCUGAAACCAAUCAAAACCAAAUUGUUCCAUCUCUUUGUUUCAACCUAUCCUAAGUUUUUUGCACAUUCAGUUUUACAUAUAAAAAAAUGUCCGCUAAUGGUUUAGUUGUUAACUUUAGUUCUGUUACCCCUUUCUUUCCAAGUUGCCAUCAAAAUCGACCGACCCAUCAUCAAUUUCCUUCAGUAAAUUCUCUUUUGAAGUUAAAAAAUCAAACUUUCCUCUCUAAAUCUCAAUUCAAGCUCUCCACAAGCUACAAACCUCGCUCCAAUUUUGUAGUUUUUGCAGCACAGUCCAAUUUUACUAAAGUUCUGCAGAAUGUAUGGAGAGUUGGUAAGGAUGGAAUCAACGCAGGUGCAAAUCUUGUCCCGAGUUCUGUACCGAGAACAAUAGCAAGGAUUUCAGUAACUCUUGUGGCUUUGAUUGCUUCGCUUUUUGUAUUGAAGUCUAUCCUCUCCAUAGUUUUCGUCAUAUCGGCUACGAUAGGACUUGCGUACUUUGCAUACCUAGCAUUCAAUAAAGAUCAAGGACCACCAUCUAGCGGGAAUGGAGGAUCUACGACGAAACCAAUGAAUGAUCCUGUGGAAGAAGCUCAAAGAAUAAUGGACAAAUACAAGUAGCAUCAUGAUCAGAGUGAGUUAUUUUGAAGUUUGAAGUUUGAACGACUCAAUUUUUACGUUAUACAUAUGUUAGAUGUAAAGCUGUAAUACUGUUAGUGCUAAUGAGAAAGGAAAGAUGUUGAUAGAAUGGAAUCGCCAUCAUAUACGUAGACUUUGUUUCAUUUUGGCAUAGAUGUUGGAUAAAGCAUGUUUGAAUUUGCUUUACUUUAUUCAAUUGUUUUUUUUCUUGAA